AUGGCUCAACAUUUCCACAUCGCUCAGAUCACCCCCCAUAAACCAAAGGAGUCCAGUAGUCCUUCGACCAUCCUGCAACUCGCUCAGCGGCUUCUCCCUUCACCCGCCGCUAUCAAGGAGUUGGAGGAUGGUCUAAACCCGAAAGGACCUGAACAUGCAGUUCAGGAUGUUGUGAGUCAAGAGAAACGAGAGACAUCUGCUGCUUCUGCUGCUGCACCAGCGGGAGCACCUGCCCCGAAGAAAGUGAUCGUAGUCGGUGCCGGCAUCGCCGGUCUUCGUGCUGCCUCUGUCUUGCGAACCCAUGGUGUCCAAGUCGUGGUCCUCGAAGCCCGUCCUGAUCGGAUCGGCGGACGCAUUUACACGAGUAGGAAGGAUGGGCACGCUCCAAGAGACAUUGGUGCCGCCUGGAUGCACGAAACCGCCAAUAACAAACUCGUCCGUCUCAUCGGCCAGCUCAAUAUCGAGCACUAUUACGAUGACGGCACCCCCCUCUACUACACCAGAGACGGUCGUCUCGGCUCCCAAUUCAAAGCGAAAAAGGUGGCCGAUGAAUUCGCCGACUUCUGUGCGUGGUACUACGAGGAGAAUCCCGACGCUGAGGACAAACCUGCCCUGACCUUUAUCAGGGAGUGGCUUAGCAACCAUCCCUUGGUCAGCGAGGAUGAACGUCUUUGGGCUCCUCAGGCUGCUCGUGAGGUGGAAGCUUGGAUCGGCACCAGCCUCGAACAAGCCUCUUCCAAACAUCUUGCCUACUUUGCAACUGAACGCAACCUUUACAUGAAGGGAGGUUACGAUACCAUUAUCAACUGGGCAGCCUCGAACCUCCGUGAUCCGGGCACCAUUCGACUCGGACACAAGGUCACCAAGAUUGACUGGAAUGAUGACGACACACGCAACCCAUGUGUGGUUCACACCGUCACUCCCGAUGGUAAUCUCACUGCUUUGGUCGCGGAUGCCGUCGUGUGCACCCUUCCCCUUGGUGUUCUGAAACACAAUCUUGUGGACUUCAGCCCAGCUCUCCCACGACAACUGACUCUGGGCAUUGAGAAGCUGGGCUAUGGAGCGCUCGGCAAGAUCUUUGUCGAGUUCGAGUCAGUGUUUUGGCCCAAAGACAACGACCAGUUCAUCUACUACCCGGAGCCAACCACCGAUGCUUUCGACGAGGAUUCCAUCUUCUCCUACAUGACCGUGACGAGCAAUAACUGGAUCAUGAGCGGCACCAAAGAGCUGUCGGUCCAGAUUGUGGAGCCCCUCACUCAGCGAAUCGAAGCCAUGACUUCCGACGCCGAAAUCUAUGCUUUUUUCGAACCACUCUUCAAGCUUUUCCGAACCGAGCCUUACAAAAAGCUCCCUCCAGUUGUGAAUCUGGAAACGACACACUGGACUCAGGAUCCUUUUGCUGGCUUUGGUACCUAUACUGCCGACAAGACCGGCGAUGACCCGGAAAUUUGGUUUACGGCAAUGGAUAACAACAAGGAGAGCAAGCUGCAGUUUGCCGGAGAGCACUGCACGCGGACUGGAAAUGGAUGUGUGCAUGGUGCUUUUGCCACCGGCGAAACUGCCGCCGUCAACAUUCUGACGUCGCUGGGAAUGCCGUACAAUGGUGGGGAUCUCUACAGCAGACGUCCAUCGAGGAGGAAGUCACCACCCAGAUACUGA